AUACAGGAUACGAUUCAAUGAUUUGAUAACAUGUCAAUAAUGGCAAUUCAAAAUUCUUAAUUGUCCUUGAACAUAUAUGGAAAUAUAGUUUUAAUUAUUAAAUUCUUUGGGUUAUCUUUGCUGAUAAUAAAUUAGAAUCUUCAUAAAUACUAUCAAAUAAUAUCGAUUAAAUAAGCAAUUUUGUUUUUCAUCCAUGGAAAGAACUGACCAUUUUUGUAACUAUAUAAACUACCACAAACCAACCAGUACAAUCAUAUUAAUUAUCAAAAGAAUUACUAAAAAAGAAAAAAAAAAAAAAAAGGUUUCCUAUCUUAUUAUUUAUGAGGAAAUGGGGAGUUUUUUUCCCCACAUUUUUAAUGUACAAAAAAUAGUAGUAUUGCCACUAUUUUGACCAUGCAUAGAAGAAACUUGAGAAUUGAGAAUGCUGAGGAAAAAAAAAAAUUUGUGAAAUGAGAUUGCAACAAAGAGAAAGCGAUAGGGGCGAGAAACAAAACAAAACGCCUCAAUGGCGGUGUUGAAUUUGGUGUGCUGGUUUUAGAGUAAAGCAAAGAAACUUCAAAAUCUUUCUCUUCUACUUUACGUGUAGGCAUAUUGGAAAAUGGCGACCUCCCCUUAAUCUGCUUUCAAGCAAAGCCAUAUGCCCACUAAAAUGGCUUCUUUAUUUUCCUUUAUAAAUUCUAACCUCUUCCUUUCUAUCAUUGCAUUAAUACAAAUUACUCUAGUAAUCUCUUCUAACAACUCGACUGAAAUGGAUAAAUUAUUCCUUCUUUCCCUACUUGGGUUGUUGAUCAUUGCCUAUGGAGUUUCAGGUACUUUCGUGUCUGAUAGCGACAUUGACAUGAUUGAAGAACUUGAAAGUUUCGACAUUGAAGAAGAGGACGAUGAUGUCGUGUACUCGUACACAGUCCCGGCGUGGAGAAGUGAGCGUGGGAGCAAGAUUCUGAUGAAUGUGGAUAGUUUCGAUGCGGUUGGAGAUGGAGUAACAGAUGAUACUAUGGCUUUCAGGAAGGCUUGGGAGACUGCCUGCAGCACUUCAAAAUCAGUUCUUUUGGUGCCAAAAGAAAAGAGAUAUCUGGUGAAUGCAACCACUUUUAAAGGGCCAUGCAAAGAUGGUAUGGUAAUCCAGAUUGAAGGAACAAUAGUUGCACCAGAUGAACCAGAGCUAUGGGAUCCGAAGUUUCCGAGACAAUGGCUAGAAUUUACGAAACUAAAUGCAGCUACCUUUCAAGGAGAUGGAGUUAUUGAUGGAUCCGGCGAGAAAUGGUGGGCAGAGUCCUGUAAAAAGAACAAGUCCAGGCCUUGCAAAGGAGCACCAACAGCAUUUACCAUUGACUCAAGUUCAAAUAUAAGAGUAAAAGGCCUUACUAUACAGAACAGCCAACAGAUGCAUUUCACCAUUGCGCGGUCUGAAACAGUUAGAAUUACGGAGGUAAGAGUGUCAGCACCAGGAGAUAGCCCCAAUACUGACGGAAUCCAUAUCACUCAAUCAACUAAUGUUGUAGUUCAAAACUCCAAAAUUUCAACAGGCGAUGACUGCAUAUCCAUUGUUAAUGCUAGUUCUGGCAUCAAAAUGAAGGGAAUAUCAUGCGGACCAGGACAUGGGAUCAGCAUUGGAAGUUUAGGGAAAGACAACUCCACUGGCAUUGUGACAAAGGUGGUGUUAGACACAGCCUUCCUCAGAGAGACAACAAAUGGUGUUAGAAUCAAAACUUGGCAGGUAUUAUACUCCCUCAAAAUCCAGAAUUUGGCUUCUAAUCAAACAGUAACAUCAAAUAUAAGACCAUACAGUAGGACAGUUUGUUCAUUGUUCAUCAUCGAGUUCAAUGCCUUUUGUUUCUGCCAGACAUCAGCCGUGAAAAUAAGCCAAAUCAUGUACCGAAACAUAAGUGGAACCACAACGAGCAAGAAUGCAAUGAAAUUCGCCUGUAGUGACAGUGUUCCAUGCAGCAACAUAAUUCUAAGCAAUGUCAACUUGGAGAAAACGGAUGGAACAGUGGAGACCUAUUGCCACGCUGCUCAAGGCUUUGGGUAUGGCAUUGUGCACCCAUCGGCAGACUGCUUAACUUCCAGCGACAAUAACUUUGCAGCUUCAGAUCAGACGCAAGUUCUGGAGCUGGAGACAGUGCAACUCCCUACUGAACAGCACAUUGUUCAUACUGAGCUCUGAGCUUAUUGUCCUGUGUAUCUAAACUAAACUACUAAAGGGAUCAUAUUUUGGUAGAGCUUGGUUUUCAGGUGAUCACCAACUCAGGAAAUAUUUGUAGCAUAUAUUUACAUAGCAUACACAAUUAUUCCUACCCUUUUAACGUCUAAAUAGAAAUAUAGACUAUGAAGUAAAUGAUUGUACUAUUGCUAGAAGAAAAUAUACAUAUUUUGAGUUUGUAGUAAAGUCUUUUAAAAUCAAA